AUGCGCAAAUCCAUCACCACCCUCCUUCUCUCUUUGGCAGUUGCCAGCUCAGCCCAAGAAGAGAUUCCCGGACUCACUGACGUCAAAGAUUCGGAGUGUCAACUCAUUUCGCCUCUUAUCGAUGAGCUACGAGCGGUGCCGACAGCGGCGGAAUUCUGUUCGUCGCUCCUGGCCAUCCCUACCGUCACGGUCACUUCUAGCGCAAUCAGCACGUCAACUGUCAUUUCAACUACAGAUACCCUUGAGACGACUACACUCACAGAAUCGUUCACAAACACCGACGAGACUACAGUCACCGGCACUACAACCUUGACAGCCGAUGCAGUCUUGGUAACCAUCACCACAACUACCGAAUUCCAGCAGCACAUCAUGCACUAA